CAGAAACCCCCAUCCGAACUCAAAACUUUCCCCCCAAAACGAUCGAGAAAAUUAGGGUUAGGGUUUGCAUUCUUCCCAGUCUCUUCCUGUUGCUUGCUCGAUCUUUGUUAGUUCUCGAAAUCCCCUGCGCCUGAUGGAUCCGAUCAUCCUCGAAUCCCCAACGCGUGCCAAACCCCUCGUCUUCGGCCCUCUAGCUGGCCCCAACUUCCACUCCGUGUUGAAAGAAUCCAUCGAUCGCUAUCUCAUCGAAGUCAAGAAGGAGUCCUGCGACUUCUCCGCCUUCCGCUCGAUAUUCUUCCGCCUGCUUCAGUCCAGCGUGGAUCCCCCGAUCGAGGUCAUCUGGUUCUAUUCUGCCCUGGGUUACCACGAAGCAAUCCGGUCGAAACGGGAUGUUCUUGAUCGAGUUUUUGCGAUAAGAGACCUUCUCCAGCUGCUUUCGGCCUGCUCCGCGUCGUGUAAUGGCCCAAAGUCGGUGGCCUUGCUCGCACCCGUUGUUUCGGAGCUAUAUCAUUGUGUCAGAGAGGAAAAGAAGCUAUCUGGGAAGGUGGCUAAGAAGAUGAGGAAGGAGAUUGAGAGUCUGGCAGACGGCGUCGUCAGCUAUAUCAGCAUUUGUAGUGGAAGGAGUUCUGAUGGGCAAGAGCUUUGUAAUAGCUAUUUGCUGCCAUGUUUUAUCGAUAUUGUUCGAGUGUGGACGGUGCAACAUAUUGGGGAAGGUGAUGAUUUAAAUGUUCUUUUUCCUUUAGUUAGUGAUGAGAUUCGUGCCAGCUUGGGGCAAGAAAGGUGUUGGAUUGGUCAUUUGGCUGGCAUUGUGGUUGCGGAGGCAUUCUUGCUAAAUUUGAGCUUGAAGGUUCAAGUAGAUGGUUCACCAAGGCCAGACUUACAGAAGGAGCUGAAAGUCUGGGCUGUCAGUUCAAUAUCUGUCUUUCAGAAUUAUAUUUUCUUCGAUAUAUUACUGAGGCUGCUGCUGAACCCACCGAUGCCAGUUAUAACCAUUUUGAACUCCAUGGAUGAAAGCUUGGUACGAAACAUCCUCUAUGACGCUGUGAUUUUAGUUGAUUAUUCUUUCAUAAAUCCGGAGGUUGAAGGAGAACAUUUUAAUGAUUCUACGAUGAAUAUCAUUAUGAGAAGACUGAUUGUUACUCAUGAAGCCAUACAAAUUGUCAGGGAUAAAGGAGACCACAACAGAGCUGUAUCCUAUACAAAUGCAUUUUCAACAUCAUGUGUUCCCAAUACCUUGAUUAAGUGGGCCACUUAUCAAGUUGGCGUGCAGAAACUCAACAGACCCAGUGCUCCCACACCUCAGUGUUUUCUGAAGUGGCUUUUGGUUCUCGAAGAACAAGGGUUGAAAAUUUUUGAAAACAUUACAGAACUGCGAAGCAAGUUGAAAUUUGAGGAAGCUAAUGUCGUCUCUGGCACUACAAAGUUUGAUUCAGACAGCAAGAAAACAGACGAUGAUCUUUUCUUUUUUGAUAACAAAGGGGAGGGUGACAAGGAUGUUGCAGAGGACAUGGAAACGGUGGAUGCUGCCUUUUUUUCAGCUGCUCAUUCUAUGAAAUCGGACACAGAUAAAGGAAGGAGGAAGAGAAAAGAAAUGGGAUAUGAUGGGGAGUCACAGGUGAAGUUUGUCAAGUAUAAGAUCCAUGACAAAUCAGUCAAAGAUUACUUCAAGGUUGCUGGGGCAGAUAGCUUGAGUAGUGGCAGUGAGGUGGAGAAUCCACACUCUUCUGAUGAGAUGGAAGAAUGAAAUUCGAUGAUUGGCACUAAUCUGGUCAUUCAAUAGAAGCAUCAUUCCAGUGAAAAAAUGCUGUAUUCCUUUGUCAAGGACUCAAGCCUUGCUCAUACUUCUUAACCCACAUUUUGCUGAUUAUUCCAUAUCUAUGGUAGUACAUCAUGACUGAUCAAAAGCAGGAUUUUGCGCAGAGCAAUCAAUAAUAGGCACAGCUUUUUUCUAAGGAGACUGAAUUUUUGGGAUUUCAAUCACUUGCAAAAAAGGGUAUGUAAACUUCAACGUUUUUCUAUAUAGUGGAGCUAUGACUUUCAUGCAACUUUCAGAUUUACAUGUAGACAGCAGUAGUUUAUGUUAACAGACUGUCAAGAUAGAUAUAUCAUGUCAUGAAUUUGCUGUAGAAUUUGAUAGUAAAAGAAGUAAAAUUCUUCGAGUA